CACACACACACGCAGCGUCGCGCGCUGCACUGAAACGGCUGAAAGUACAGUAAGAGCAGCUCCGAGCGAGCGAGCGAGCGCACAGACGCGCAAACCCUCUGUGGACUUUAGCAGCGCACGUCUAAGACAAUCGAAAGAAAGCAAGUCCGAGAACAAUGGUGAAAAGCACUCCGCAUGGGUACAGUUUCCUACUUGAGUUGUUGUUCUUCUGCAGCUGGUAGCCCCUGGCACUGAGAGAACGGGAGCAGGAUGAGAUGGACGGUCUGGCUGUGGGAGUACCUGUUGGUGGAGGUCACAGCGCUCGUGUGCAGGGCGGAUGGUGAAGCGGAGCGGCGGCCCGAGGGCUUCGUCGUGUUGUCGGGCUCGAACGGCUCCGAAGAGAACGGCGUGUCCGAGAAGCCGCACACGCAGGACGAGUGUCGCGGCUACUACGACGUGAUGGGUCAGUGGGACCCGGCGUUCGUCUGCCGCACGGGCACCUACCUGUACUGCUGCGGCACCUGUGGCUUCCGCUUCUGCUGCGCCUACAAGAACUCGCGUCUGGAUCAGAGCUUGUGCACCAACUACAACACGCCAGUGUGGCUGAAAGGACAAACGCCGCACAGGACGGACCCGAGGCACGAUCCGACCAAGGACAAGACCAACUUAAUCGUAUACGUCGUUUGUGGAGUAGUGGCCAUCAUGGCGCUGGUCGGAAUUUUUACCAAACUUGGAUUGGAAAAGGCGCAGAGACCUCACAGGGAAAACAUGACCCGGGCUGUAGCAAGUGUGAUGCAAGGUGCCUGUCAAGCUGAACAUGAAGAAGCCAUCGGAAGGCAUGCACAGAGCUAUGACAACAUGCAGGCGAGGGCAAACAAUAUGCAGGGAGCCCAAAUGCAGACGAUGAGCCAGGCCCAUCCCUACCCUGUCCUCAGCCAGCUGGCCCAUGUGUACGAGCAGCAGCAGCAGCAGCAACAGCAGCAGCAACAGCAGCCUGUCAAAGAGCUGAAUAAAUACGCCUCACUAAAGGCUGUCGCUUCAAAAGUGAACGGGGGAUACUACAACAAGCAGCACUGCCACAUGACGGAGUUGGGGGCCAAAGGCAGCCUGCCUCUUCACACAAUGAGGAUGGAGCACGUGGAGCCCACCGCCACAUACGUCACCGAAAUUCCCAUCCCGAAGCAGAACGAACAGAAACCCAAGCCUGCCAAGCCCCACGUGCCACAUCAUCAUAUGGCCUACAGCUCCAACACCAUAGCCAACCCAGGAAUGCUGAAGGCCUGGGAGGGAACAGAGACCGUGGGUCGACGCAAGACCUACGGCCCCAGGAAGCCCUGCAUGGUGGGUCAGAUGAACGAGCUCCACACUGCCCGCAGUCACCACUACCUACCCACACAGCCAUACUUCAUAACCAACAGUAAGACUGAAGUGACUGUGUGAAAGAACGACUUGUCUCCGAAGGGCUCACCAGUCUUUGUGAGCAAGAGAAACGGAUCAUUAUCCUGACUGUAACCUUCACUCCGCCACUUGUGGAAUGGAGGCGUAACUGCAGACGUGAGCCGGUCACACACCGUGACCGGCAACACAACCAGGCGGUCAGCAAGCAAUGACAACAGCUGAACCAGGAACAUUCCAUUGUUUUCGUGAAAUGUUCGCUAUAAUUUAUACCCAUGCCAAUGAUGAUAUGUUUGUGUUCAAUCGGUGAGAAAAUAAGCGGUUUUAAUUACAAAUCAGUGAGAAAAGAAUCAAAGUAACAAGCAAUAAAAAUCGAAUAAACCGACACAAGAAGAAUAAUUAGGAACAAACGUUUACUCCAGUAAUUAAGAGGAAAUAAGUGCAGUGCUGAAGGUUCAAGGGCUAGUGCUGCGUGUUGAACACAGGGUCGGUAUUCCUUACAGUACCAGAGCUGGUGUACAUGAUGUCUCUUUUGUGCAAUUAUUUCUCAGAUCACUCAUACACUACUGAGACUAAGGUCACGCUCAUUGGAUCUGAAAAGUAUUUAGUGGCAGAUGCCUUAUUCGAAGAUACCCUGGAAAGACCUGAACUGUUACGUAUACCAUGGACUGGUAUUUUAGGGCUGUACCUUUCAUUUCCAUACCAACAGUCUUCACUGUGUGUAGAUUAAAGAAACUCCCAGUACAUUCAUUUAGUUUGGAACAGACCCCCAGGAAUGUCAUUCGUAAAAAAAAAGUAAUGGUAUAAUCUCUUGCGCAGCCGGUUUGUGCUGUGCUUGUUGCAGAUUGCCAUGAGGUAGCAUGUCAGCUGGAGGCUGCGGAGUAAAAGCACUGUUAAAUAACAUGAUCGGUCUGCUACAGAUUGUGCCUGAUGGCUCGUUAUCUUUGAAACAAGUAUCCGGACGCCCUUCAGUAUAGUUCCAAAUGAUUUCUCUUAUGUGUUGUAUUGUAUCCACUUGGAGACAUUAAAGCUUGUUGUACAAUAUUUCUUCAUGACAAUAGAUGUUUGUGCAGCUAAAUUGCAACCACUGGUUUUUUAGCACUUUCAUUUCAGUAGUGAGUAGUUUGGGAUAAGCAUUUUCUUUCUUUUUUUUUUUUUUCACAUAGACCUUCUGGUGAAAUUGAUUUUUAAAGUAUAUAAAUAUAUAUAUACAUAUAUUUAUACUCUUGCCAGUAUAUGUAUGCAAAUGAUACAGUACAUUGUGCCAAGAAUUAGCUUGUUAAAGUUGUGUUUAAUUUAAUCUAUUUGUCUUUUUCACUCACUUGUACAUUCCAAAUGAGAAAAAAAAAAAGGUUUCUUCUGCUGCAUCACAAUAUAAGAGGAUGUGGUUGUUUUGGAAAUAAUGAUGAUCUUUCAAAAUCAAGUAACGAUAU